GUCCAAUUGGCUAGACCUGGUGGAGCAGGCACUGGUGGGAUUAGCGGACGAAGUAAGAUUCUAGCGAAUUAUGAGAUACGUCCUGCAUAGCCACCAUCAAGAGGUGGGUAGAGUGGUGGACGCCGCGAAUGGCAGCUGGGCAAGGUUCAGGGACCUGAUGUUAAGAAAGUAUAGGCUAGGGGAUGGGUUGCUGACCAUGGCGGACCUGGAGGCCAUGAAGAAGGAAGACUUCUCCACGAUCGGGGCCUUUGUGCAUGAAUUCAAGAAAAAGGCGAGGAAAGUGCACGGGAUUUCUGAGGAGGCGCAGUGCGUCACAUUUCUGGGGCUGCUUUCAGGCACGGAGGCCUCAGAGUUGACAAAGCAUGGGGAGCGGAGUGAAAAGCUCACUUGGGCGACUGUUGACAAAGGAGUGGAAGAAGGGAGUCUGGACCAGGUGGAGCAGCACCAAAUGCGGCUGCAAAGGCGUAAGAGGAAGGAAAGGGAUGCUACCGCAUCCGGGACCCCAGGGGUAAAGAGGAUAGUCACGGACGUGCUGGCGGCGAAGAAGUACGCAGUCCGGCUCGAGGAGGGUUUUGACGUGGAGCGAAUGAUGGACAAGCUCCUGGAGGGUCACAAUGAUUUGAUGAAUUUAAAAGACAUCUUGGCAUCAGCACCAAGGCUCCGUGGUGAAUUGAAAGGGCGACUCUCGUGGAGGUUAGUGCCUAAUGUCCAUCUGAGUACGAUCCUGCCCCGGGAAAUAGAGUGGACAGAGGCGGGCACAAGGAUGGAGUGGAAGUGUGUGGCUUGUGGGCUGGUGGAUCUGAAGGUGAUGGAUCAACCGAGUAUUGCAAUGGUGAACACGGGCGUUGAGAUGAAUAUUAUCCAGGAGCGGGAUGUGACCAUGCUAGGGAUGGAGGUAGACCACUCGGAUCAUGGUGUGUUGCAUGGCGCCAACUGCAAGGCAAUUUUUUGCGGCACCGUGUCUAACGUGAUGGUGGAAAUUGGGAGGGUAAGGGAACGAAUGUGUUUUUUCGUCAUGCCCGAUGUUGAUCACCCAAUUCUUCUGGGGAGGUCGUUCCUCUGCCGAACAAAGACCUUGGUCUUCAACAGGUAUGAGGGGACGAUGAUCCUGGCUCUAUCCGACCCGGCCUGCAAGAACUACGAGAUUAUCAAGUGCCGGAAUACGGGACCCGGAAGUGGGAGGAACAUGCUCAACCUCGGCUCCUUUACCUUCGAGGAGUCCGAGUACGCGCGACGAAGACUACGGGAGGAGCAAGAGGAGGAGGAAACGGUCGAGGUAUUGUCUUUGAGCCCUAAUGAUGUAAAUGAGGCGAUGGAGGUGGUGGCGGCGCAUGAUAUGGCGGACCCUGAGGCCAUAAAGGCAUUGAGAGAGCAGGUUCUGGGUCUGCUAGAAGAACACAACCUGACGGCGAGCGGCCCCAAGUCGAAGCACUGUAUGAGGGAGGCCACGAUUCUGGGCUUUGUCUGUAAUGAGAAGGGGCGGAGGCCAGAUGUGAAGAAAACAGACAAGAUCCUAGAGAGGCCAGUGCCCUUUCAAUCGAUAACGGACAUGAGGAACUUUCUUGGGACCUGUGGGUUUUGGAGGAGUUUUGUGAAGGACUUCGCCACCAAAAUGGAGCAGUUGAGGAAGCUGGUGCGUCAGGAUCAGGAAUGGGUCUGGGGCGAAGACCAGGAAAAGGCUGUGGAAAGGAUGAAGGGACAGUUUAAGGAAGGAGGCUUGGUGCUGGGAGCGCCAAAUUAUGAGGCCACGGAGGAUAAGCCAUUCGUUGUCGAGACGGACGUUGGGCCAACAGCCCUAGGAGGGGUCCUGAUUCAAGCAGAUGUGGAUGGGAAGGAGAGGCCGCUAAGGUUUGAAAGUCGUACCCUUAACAUGACUGAGAGGAACUACUCUCAGUUUAAGAAGGAGACGCUGGCGGUGCUCCAUUGCCUGAGGACCUUCCGGAACUAUAUCUUUAACAGGAGGCUCAUUUUGAGGGUGGACCCUACUGCGCUUGCAUGUUCCCUAAAGAGUUAUACUCCAUCUGACCCAACCAUCGCAAGAUGGCUGACCUACAUUUGGAUGUUUAACUUUGAGCUGGAAAGAAUCCCAGGGGACAAGAACAGGGCAGAUGGGCUGAGCCGUAUCAACUGGGAUGGGGCGAACCAGGAGUCAAUUGAGGACACCCCGCCCGUUGAUGGGUUCCUGGAUCAAGAGGAAGACGUCCGCCUUUACAUAAACGAAUGGUCGUUGGGGGUGCCUAGCUGCGUCACCCACCCCAUAUGGCUAGCGCCAAAGGGGUACGAGCGAAGGGAGGAAUCGGUCCUCAAACCCUUCCAGGAAGAGGAUCCGUGGGGGAGCAAGGACGUUGGCUGGAUGAUGGAAUUGGCAUUGGCGGGCACACACAAUUUGGCUGUGGAGGUAAGGAUGAUUGAGGAGGGCCCUACCCAAGUUGAGAAGCAUGAGCAGUUGAUGGGAGGGAUGUAUCUCCUCACGAACACACUCCUACAGGGAGACUUCGACCGAAGGGGUUCACUGAACCCAGUUGAAGGCGAAGGUCCGGUACCCGAAAGCCAGGACGAUGAGUUCGAGGAAGGAGAGAUCAAGGACGCAUUUCGGGCGGAGGAGUACGACGGAAUCUAUCUGGAGUUGGGGCUACUCCUAUCCUGCGAGAUGAGGGAUAGGGAUGCGGGCGCGAAGGCGCAGAAGAUGCGACAUCUCUAUGUCGUAAGGGAUGACCAUUUGUUUAUUAAGCGGCAGGUCGGGAAUCCUAAAAGGAUUGUGUGUGGGAGGAACCGGCAAAUCGAUAUUAUAGCCGCCCUACAUGAUGGCAUAGCGAGAGGGCACAAAGGGAUAGGUGCCACGUGUUCCAAGAUAAGCGAGUUAUACCAUUGGGAUGGGAUGCUAACUAUGGUCAUCAAGUACUGCCAGUCCUGCGUACCCUGUCAGGAAAGGUCAGCGCAAAGGCCAAGGGAGCCCCUACACCCAAGGCUGGAGACGGAGGUGGGAGCAGUCGUGCACCUGGACCUGCUGUUCAUGCCGGUCGUGGAGGCUGGAAGUAAUUACAUCUUCGAUGCGCGCGAUAAUCUUACUGGGUUCGUGGACGGUUGGGCUAUUCGUACAAAGACCGACCCAGUUCUAACUAGGUGCAUCGAAGAGUACUACCUGCGCUACCCCUUUGUCAGAGAAUUCGUGAUGGAUCGGGGUUCGGAGUUCACCUGCAAUGAGGUGCGGACGUUGCUCGCAGGGUAUGGCAUGGUGGCAAAUUAUACCACGGUCGUGCACCCCCAGGCGAACGCACCUGUGGAAAGGGGUUAUAGUACCAUCACGAACCUCCUUGCCAAAUGGAUUGAAGGGAGGCCUAACCAGUGGCCAAAGUUUCUGAGAGCAGCCUUCUUCGAGGAGAAUGUUACAGUGAAAAGGACUACCAAGUCUGACUUUUCGAAGGCAGCCAUGCAGAGGGGCGGGAGGGAUGCACGGCCACGGCAGGGCCCCCAGAGGAUAUCCGGGAGAGGCGAGCAGCACGGGCCGCCUAGGAGAGAGCCUACGCCGGAGUUCGAUGAUGACAACAUAGAGCUCUUCCUGGACGUGUAUCGGGAUCAUGGGGCACAGAGAGGGUGGUCGGUGGCAGAGAGGAUCCACCAUUUGAGGGGGAUAGGGCGGUUUGAGGAGCCGGUGGCUCAGAUAUGCGAGGAGGUCUUGACCUGGACAGACGUGGAGGCCGGGAUGCAGAGGUUGAGAGCUUCCCCUAGAGGACGUGAUGGCAUGCCCAUUCGAUUGGAGGAGGGGAAUGCGGAGGAGUUUAUUCCCGCAUACGAGCAUUAUAUGCUGAUUGAGUUUCGGCGGAUUACGAGCGAGGAGCUGAGGCCGCCUUCACCGUCGCCAUUGGGGCAGGAGCCGGACAUACCAGGGGAGACGCCAUUCCGGACCUUAGCGACUCACCUUGACGUGUCUCGAUGGGAAGCCUACCGGUUGGGGGAGGGCUCAACUGAGUCGGCGCGCUAUGUACCAUUAGAGGAGCCUCUGGACCUCGAGACGGAGACGGAUAUGCGAGACCGAGAGGAGCCGCAGGGUCCUGAGAUGGCAGCCGAGCAGCUGGACCCGGUACGACCUCAGGUUGAGGAGGUGAUCACGGUCGGAGACGAUACCCCUCCAUGCACCCCAGCCCCAGAGCCAGCGCAGCAGUCCUGGCCAGAGGAGGUUCCUGAGCCGGAUAGUGAGGAGGUCCUAGAGCUUUCCCCUGAGACCGCCACUAUACCCGAGCAGGAGGCUGAGAUGGAGGAUCAGGGAGCGUGUGAGAGAGCGAGGAUGGAGGUACUCCUUGACUUGCCAUUGGCCACACAUGCGACCGAGAGCCCAGUUAUCGGGGGACCUGCUCCAGUGGAGUCAUUGCCAGCAUUGCCAUGCGCGAGCGAGAGGGUGAGGGCCGAGGCGCCAACUCCAGAAGGCCAGGGGCCGCGAGUGGAGAGAGCCCCAAGGGAAACCCGCGAAGAGAAGUCCGCCAGAGUGCGAGCCCGUCUGGAUGAAAUACACGCGAGGCAGGCUGAGAUGGAGGCGGCAGGGAUAAAACCGACGCCGCCGGUCGAGCCCAAGACGACUGAGCAGAGGAUCGACAAGUUGUGGGCCAGAUACGAGAGCCAGAGGGAUGCAGCCCGCCGGAGAUCGCGAGAGGCAGGACAGGCGGACGAGGGGGUGGACGCGCUGCGGGAGAUGGGGGACUUGGGGUUCUCUGCGACUAGGAUGGCGAUCGAUCUCGUGGAUAGGAAAAUGCGCGAGGUGGCGGUUACGUCUUUCCAGCGGUAUAGUCUACUCAGCGAUGAGCUCACGGUCAGGAGGUUGGAGGUAGAGCACCUAACUACCCAGCUUGCGGAAGAGAGAGCGAGGAGACAGGCUAGAGAGGUUGAGUGGGAGAGGAGAUUUAGGGAGAUGGCAGCCGUCGUGGACAGGCUUUCAGCAGCCGGGGAGGCUGGUCAGGCAGAACGAGCCAGUGUCAAGGUCCAGGGUCGAGAGGCUCGGGUUUCGCCAGGCCAGGGGGUGGCAGCAGAGUCCCCUCGACAAGGAGGGCCAAUAGAGGAGGUGCCUCUGGAUUCGGCCAAGGAGGAGGGUGGCGCACAGGAGUCGCUUAUGGCUAUGUCCAUGAAGAGGAGGGGCUCGAGGUUGCAUGAGCUGGCGGCAGCCAUGGGGAUAGGUACUCCACAGGAGAGGCCUCAAAGACUUGAUACUCCAAAAUACGCCCCGGGGCUGGGAGAGUUGAGGGCGGAGUUGGGCUCCUGGGCCACAGGGAUGGACUCAGGCUGACCUGACUCAGGGCGGCAGCCGCGGCAGGAGGUCAUGAGUGAGCCUGCCGCCAUGGCGGGCUCUCAGCCGUCAUGAUC